AUGCCUGUGGUCGAGAGCAGCAUUGAAAUCGCCGCCCCACCGGCCAAGGUGCGGGAAAUCUUCCUCGAUUUCGCCAAAUAUUCGGAAUGGCACACUGCUUGGAUCAAGAAACUCGAGUGUGAAGACAGCUCCAAGUCUCCGCUGUCUCUUCAGCCCGGAGACAAGGUGAAAUGUAACAUCGAGAACUUCGACUUUGUGGCCGAGAUCAUGGAGAAUACUGAGGGUUUGCUCCUGUGGCAGGGUCCCCCUGUCUUUACUGUGUCUGGUCGGCAUAGCUUUCGCAUGGAACCCGUCAAUGAUGGGGCCUCUACCCUCUUCACACAGGCGGAGGACCUUUCGGGACUUUUGUCAUUCCUUGCCAGCCCGUAUCUGCUUGGGAGGAUGAUGAAGUCUGACUUUGACGGGUUUCUGAAAGACCUCAAGGUACGAGCAGAAGCCUCAACCUGA